AUGAACAAUCCUCGAAGUCCUAAAAUUAAUAAUACUACGAAUGUAGUAGUAGUAGACCAUGAAAUUAAUAAUACUACGAAUGUAGUAGUAGUAGACCAUGAAAUUAAUAAGUCACAAAAUAGUACAAAUGUAGUAGUAGUAGACCAUGAAAAAUCGGAAGACUAUUGUACUUCAUUAUGGUCAAAUGUUAGAGAACCUCAAGGAUGGUCUAGUCUAGCUUAUUUUAUUUUUAUUUCGCCAAUCUUUUCGUUAUUUUGUGCAGUAUGGGUUUGGCUCACAUUUGCUAUAUCAAUUCCCACUUUAAUUUUCCCACCCUUUGGAUUUUUUUGGUGUAUAUGGACUGCUUGGAGCUGGAGAGCACUCGGAAGAGUAGAAAUAUUAACGACAAGAAUGUGUAUAAACCAUGAUGACAUCAAUAAAGAAGAUAAAUUACCACAGAUCCUUAGAGUGUCAAACGAGAAAGUUGGACGAAUAAAAUUUGCUGUCUUAUUAUGUUCUGAUAAAUAUACUUGGCUAUGUUUUAUCUAUUUUGCAAUAGUUAAACCUCUCAUGAUGGGUAUAUUUUUUGUUUCCACAUGUUUAUUGAUUGGUUGUGCAUUUCCACCAUUUACAUUACUUGGACUACCCUUUAUGUGCAUUGGUUGUAAAAGAAUGGGUGAAUUACAGUUUAAUAUUACUAGAACAUUAUUGAUUGUGAAAUAA